CUCGCUGCCACUCGACCUUAUGCUGUCCUUGGAGCGACCGUUUCAGGUGUUCAAUGCGAACCGGCAGCCCCUCCCAGAUGGCCAGCCUGUGACAGUGGAUGUAAAGCAGACCUGUCGUCUCUACAUUGCAUUUGACCCAGCUUAUAAACUGGAUUUUAAUAGCUGGAAAGAAAAGAAGGUGCUGAAGAUAGAAAUGGUCAGAGGCCAUCCUUCUGUGGAGCAAAUCACCCUUUGGGGAGAAGUCCACUUCCCGAAUCUCCAAAUCCAGCCCAGCACCCUGGAGUUUGGCUGCGUCAUGGCUGGCACUGAAGAAGUGCAUUCUCUGGAGAUGACCAACUGCAGCCCACUUCCUGUCAAGUACCACUGGGCAUUCCAGACAGACAGCCAGGCGAACAGGGUGAUAUAUGAGCUUCACCCACCUAAAUUUAAACCCAAACCACCAAAGGUGAAGUCGAUCUAUGUGGAGCACCUGCCAACUCAAUGGAGACGCUUCCAGAUUAGAAAUGUGGAGGAGCCAGCCACAACCCUGGAAGAAUUCACGGGAUCUUGCCCAAUCUCAGGAGCAGAGGUUACAUUUUCUCCAGACUACCUGUAUCCAGAUCUCUGCUUUCACCUGAGAGCUGGUAUUGCAGAGAUGGCCCUGAAGCUGUCUUACAAGAUGAGACUUUGCAAAGUGGCUGUUUCUCUUCCUCCUAGCACAGAAAAUGGCCUUCUUUUUCAGGUGCUGCUGCCACAUACUCGUGAAAAGCGUUACAUCCCACCAGGGUUGGGGCAAUUCAGGUCCUCCAUAGACUUACCACACAAAGUAUCGAAGGCUCCUCACAAAGUGCUGCUGAAGCAACUGGCUGUUGGAGAGGCCGUGCAGGACAUGUUGUAG